AUGCGAGGACGUAGCAUUCGACAAAAAUAUGGUUAUAUGCCAAGACUGGGUGGUUUGGGUGGUACCCUCAUGGACGGAUCUGAGCGCGGUCUAGGCUAUGAAGGCAUUGAUUUGAAUGAUGAGGUCGUCUGUAAGAGAAAACCUACUGUUCAAAAGUUACAACAGGCUUUGUCUGACAAGGGAGUCAUAUUUGUCCGUGCUCCGCCAAUGGCAGAAUUUCAGGGUCAAAAGCGUCGGGUCUUUCAGCUGUCAUUGCUGUGGAUGAAAAGGGAAGGAGAACUAUGGGACUUUGCUGGAAGGUUCGGGUGGCUUUUCGGAGGCCUCAGUUGGGAUGAAUUUAUAGAAGAGUGCAAUUCCAUCUCAACUGUGUUAAUCGUUGACGAAGUUCAAAUGCUAUAUCGACCAGAAGGUGAAGCCAAAGCUUUGCAUGAUGGGGAUAUAUUUUGGAAUACGUUCAAAAGCAUGCAACAGUCCCGAAGACUGCAGAUAGUUGCGUUUGCAGUAUAUGGCUAUAGAGGUGUAUACGAUGGAAACGCAGAAACAGGAAAUAUUAUGGAUGGUUUUCCAUAUCGGCUUCACCAGUCCCAUAUCUGGAGCUUGGAGAACGUGCGCUUUACGGAGGAGUUCUAUGACUAUUUUCGACGAUUUUGCAAGUUGUCCCUGAAAGAUGUUGAUGUGCUUGGCUGCUAUGUCUCUGAAGUGACAUUGUUGCAUCCUGGGCUUGUCGCAUAUACAAUGAACACGAUAUACAAAAGAUUUCUUCCACAACUGAAGGAGGGAAAAGAAGCGCUGACUUUUGAAAAGAUUUACAUAUAUCUUUCAAGCUAUGGGUUCAGAGAAUAUAUUAGAAGUACUCGGGCAGCUCCACGACUCAGUUAUAUGGAUUCGGAUGAAAUCCAUCUUGUAGAUACUGUUCUCUUCAGACCGAGACGCAUUAUCGUACAUCCAGAAGGCGUUCCAAACAAUGGUCGCCUUAUCAAUACAAGUAUCCUUAUUCCAUCUCAGAGCCAUAACAUGCAAGGCAAUAUUUUGGAUUUUUCAGCACCGUUGUUACGGGCUAUUUACCUUCAAGGUCGUUUAGGUGCUACGCAGUGUGCGCAUAUACCACCAAAGUCGUUUCAAGAUUUUAUUAAAUUUGUCUUUACAGCAAUGAGACCAGAGACAUUCCGUAUGACACUAAGCAUUGGCUGUGAUGGAAGACUAUUAGAAAGGAUCUGGCAGAUGGAAUUUUAUAGAUCUGCCACACAGAUUCUUCCUAUAGAUGUCUAUAUUUCGCCAGAUGUUGGAGCAGUAUUUGGUACAGGUGGUUAUGUCGAUUUUUAUGUUAAUGAUGGACGAGAUUGGGCAAUAGAACUUUUGCGGGACGGGGAGGAUUUACGGAGUCACCAAGAAAGGUUUACUGAAAUGGGCGAAAGAAUAUGCUAUCAUCGAUAUUAG